GCUCAAUCUCCUCAACACUACCCACCUGCUCCCCACGAAACUCGUCAACAUGGCCGAAACCAAGUACUACGAGCUUUAUCGCAGGAGCAGUCUCGGUGGCGCCCUGACAGACACGCUGGAUCAGUUGAUCACCGACCGCCGCAUCGAGCCGCAGCUCGCCAUGAAAGUGCUCGCAAACUUUGACAAGGCCAUCGCAGAAGUGCUGGCUGACAAGGUCAAGGCCCGCUUGACUUUCAAGGGCCAUCUCGAUACCUACCGAUUCUGUGACGAAGUGUGGACUUUCAUCAUCAAAGAUAUCAGCUUCAAACUGGACAACACCAACCCGAUCCACGCAGACAAGGUCAAGAUAGUUAGCUGCAACACCAAACGCCCUGGUGAGGCUUAAAGCUGCACACUGUAGCCUAGGACUCCACCGGCGUCUUGCUGAGGCUAUCUUGGCAGUAAUGCCGCCAGCACCAAAGGUGAACUGGGAAGACGCAUACCCGUGAAUAUGGAAGGACGAACCGUACUAAGGAUGGUGGCGGUAUGGGCAGUGGACUGUGGGCUCUAGGCUCUGGCACCUUCAUGGGAGGCGUUUUGUGUCAGCGGGGUUCUUUCGAUAUCUUCUGCAUAGGCUGGUGUUCUCGGGACAGGCUCGGCGUUUGGACCGGAUUCCAGGGUUCAGGAAGCCAGGAGAAGUGAGACGGCAUGGUUCAUCCUUUUACAGUUGCAUUCGCUCAUAGACUACGAAUCAAUCAAGGAUCUCUCUAG